AUUUGCCGUGUGACAAAAUAAUUUAACCGGUCUACUGGGUAUAUACUGCUGCCAUGUGUUUAUCUCGUUUAUUUCAUUAAAGUUUAAUACAUUUACGAAACCAGAUACUCCGAUAAAGAUAAACUCUCUUUUCAAUGUGAAUACUUCCGUUUAUAAAAUGUUUUGUCAAAAAUUUCGCUCAACAAUCAAACUAAAAAACGUCAUAGGUUAUGUCAGUGAAUUAAAUCACUCUAUCGCAGCAAAACAAUGCAAGAAUGAGCGUUUGCAGCACAGAUCUCUACUCCCGGUCAGCAAUUUUUGCACGCAGAAGCUCCCGAAGAGCGCCGAUGUCUUCGGGGAUAUCUCGGGCAGGAAGUUUGAGCGCGCUCCCAUGGACGAGCGCGAACAGGAAGAGGAGGAUUUUCAGGAUAGGGAAGGGUGCAUUCCACGUCGACUGAAGCCGAGCAUGGGCCAGUACGCUAAGAUGAUCAAGUCGAAUAUAUCUAAAAACGAUUUGAAUUCCGCUUUGAAAGUGCUCGAUUCGAUGAUGGAGAACCACGACAAGCCCACGUUGUACUUGUACAAUCUUCUGUUGCGUGCGUUUGCCAAGCAGGGCGACAUAAAGCGAUGCUUCGGUCUGUACACCAAGGCGAGGAAGCGCGGAUUGCAGCCGAACGCGGCGACCUACACCAGUCUGUUCAAUGCGUGUGCUUUAGCCGACAACAAAAAGAUAGCUUUGGAACAUUUGAACAACUUUCGAAAGUCACUUUCUCAGCAACAGUUUCCAGCGAACGAAACGCACUACAACGCUAUGGUAAAGGCGUACAGUUGGCACGGUCAGAUCGUCGAGGCAUUUCAGUUGGCGGACGAGAUGAGGGACAGAUCUAUUCCCAUCGGGGAGAGCACCUACAACUCCCUGUUUCACGGGGCGAUUUCUGACAAGGAGGCCGGCCUGCGUCACGCUCUGAUCGUGUGGCACUUAAUGCACCUGAAGAAUAUUAAGCCGACUUUGACGACUUAUAAUCUUCUCCUGAGAGCGAUGAGAGACACCAAUUUGGGAAAUUUGAAGCCCGACGAUGUCCUUCUCUCGGGAUUGGACCAGACUAGGAUUUCAAUAACAGAAGGCGAGAGGCCAGAUCUGCUGGCCUCGCCGCCUGUUAUGAGCACACUUUUACCGUUAGGAGAAAAACAGAACAUUAUGCAACGUGACACCGCUGCAAAUAUAUGGAAAAAAUCGGUAAAUUUGAACGAUGUGUUUAUCAAUAAUCGUCUGAUUUUAUUUGGUGGUCUAGAAGGAUUUCUGGAUCGAAUGUUUAACGACGGUGUUAAGCCCGACGCCAAAACCAUUACGUUACUCCUGGAUUUAAUUCCGAACUCGACACCCGCUGAAGAUCUGCUCAUCAAGGUUGCAGAUGACAAAAAUAUCGAACUGGAUAUCGAUUUCUUUAAUAUGGUCAUUAAAAGGCGCAGCAUGCGAUUCGAUUACAAAGCUGCAAAGGAGGUCAUAAAAAUAGCGGAGAAGAAAAGGCUCUCUCCAAACGUAAUGACAUUCGGGGUCUUGGCGCUUGGUUGUCAAGAGUGCGGAGAAGCCCAAGAGUUCCUGGCAGGAAUAGAGGCCUUUGGCUAUAAACCCAAUUCUGUAAUCAUGGGUACUCUCAUCAAAACAGCUUGCCAUAAAAAAGAUUUUAAAUAUUUGUUGUUUGUGAUGAACUAUAUGAUGGAAAACAAGAUGAGACCCAGUGAGCAAGCCGUCAAAUCCUUAGAGGAGUUUUCGAAAGAAUUAUCGAAGAUGGAGAAACCGACAGGAAAAUACAGACUUCGAAAACAGAAGCGUUUGGAAGAGAACAUUGAGAAAUUCGAACAGCAGUAUCCUAAAUGGCAAAAGACGAUAAAACAGUGACUCAUUACAAGACGAAAUAUUAUUUCUGCAAAAUACAGCCUUUCAAGACAAAUUUA